AUGAACAGACUGCAGCGGAAGCACUUCACGAGGCACGGGAUGCAUCUACACACUAGAGGGAAGUGGCAGCUGGCCAGACUCAUCGUGGAGGCUCUUGGCGGGUUGAGCGUCUCGACUGCUGCGGCCAAGAUGGCUGAGGUUGCUCCUGACACCAGCACUGCCGUCCCACCAAUGCUGCCGCCGCCGCCACCACUGUCACUGCCACCGCCGACGCCACCACCGUCGCUGCCGCCGCCACCGUCACUGUCGCCGUCACUACCGCUGCCUCCGCCACCGUCACUGUCGCCGUCACUGCUACCGCCGCCGCCACCGUCACCGUCACCGCCACCGUCAGACUCUAUACAGUUGACUCCAGAGCCCCGAUGCCGACUAUAUCUUGUGACGAAGCCAUGA